ACUCGGCAGUUUUUGUACGGCUUAUGUAGUGCGCAUGCGUGUUGCUUUCAAUAUGGCUGCGCCCUAGAGCAAGGUGGUAAAGGUUGAAAUCCAAGCCCUUAGUCGCAACAACGCAAGGGAGCAGCCAACUACUUCACCAGCUUUUAAAACCCAGAUGUAAUUUUUUGGUUGACCAGUGACAGCCGUGAUCCAUAGGAACAUCGUACACAGCCUUCUGUGGUUGUUGACGGUUGUUGCCAAAUUUGACAUUUUAUGAAAACACUGCGUGUAUUACAUCCACGCCUACUUCAGGACCGUCUGUAUUGGAUACAAAACAUCUCAUAAUAUAGCAAUUGUAGGGGCUGAAAUAAAAUCAUAUCAUUGUUUAAGGUGACUGUUAACUGAUCCUUCCGCUCUAGAGAGGAACAUGCGCCGAAGCACAGUCAUAUCAGGAUCCAUUUGUUCUGUCACACGGUGAAUCUCUCCCUGCAAAAUGGCUUACAGAAGAGCUUCUAAGCUCCUUCCGAGAGGAAAGGAGUGCAUCCUCAGCCUGUGGAUACCUCGUUUUCAAAAAUCACCAAAUGCUACCAGUCAAUCUAUUAGAUUUCAUGAACACAAUCACUGUGGCAGAGCUACAAGAGCUCUUCACACUGGUACAGCGUUGAUGGUGGCCAAGUUACUGUCGGUGGAUGAGAUUUUUGCCAAGAGGUCUAUGCAGGAAUACCUAAAGAAGAUGGAGACAGACUACAGUGAAUGUUUGAGAGCAGUCGACAGCAGUCUGACAGAGGACCAGUGCAGUGAGGAUGAACUGAGGGCCAAGAGGAUCAAAGUGUCUCUGCUGGCCCCUCUUAUGCAGAGCAUCAGGGAGCUGGAUGCCAAACAGAAAGAGAUUGCUGAGACCGAGGUGCUCCUUAAAGAUGAAGACUCAGCCCUGCGAGAACUGGCAGAGAUGGAAAGAGAAGGCUGCUUGCAAGAUAUUCAAGAUCUUCGUAAAAAGAUCCUGGACCUGCUGAUUCCUGAGGAGGAAGUAGACCUGAGCGACCUCGUCCUGGAGGUUACAGCCGGUGUCGGGGGUCAGGAGGCCAUGCUGUUCACAGCUGAGGUGUUUAACAUGUACCAGGGCUUCGCUCAGCACCACGGCUGGUACUUUGACGUCCUGGAAGACAUGACCAGUGAAAUAGGCGGACUGCGUCACGCCUCAGCCAGCAUCAGCGGCCCUCAGAGCUACAAGAGGAUGAAGUUUGAGACGGGAGUCCAUCGAGUUCAGAGGGUUCCCAAGACUGAAAGACAGGGCAGAAUCCACACCAGCACCAUGACUGUGGCUGUACUGCCCCAACCCACUGAGAUAUCUUUCACAAUAAACCCAAAGGACCUGAGGAUAGAAACUAAGAGAGCCAGUGGAGCUGGAGGUCAACAUGUCAACACCACAGACAGUGCGGUCAGAAUAGUCCAUCUGCCUACAGGCGUUGUUGCAGAGUGUCAACAGGAGCGAUCCCAGCUGAAGAACCGAGAAAAAGCCAUGAAAGCUCUGAGAGCAAAAUUGUACAGCAUGAAGCUGGAGGAGGAGACCAGCAAACGCUAUAACCAGCGUAAAAUACAGAUUGGCACCAAAGGCAGGUCAGAGAAGAUUCGAACCUACAACUUCGCCCAGGACCGUAUCACAGACCAUCGGAUCAGCAUGACCAUGCAUGACAUCAAGAGCUUCCUGCUGGGAGAGGAUCUGUUGGACGAGAUGAACUCCUCUCUACAGGAGUUCUCCAAACAGGAGACACUCAUGGAACUGCUUGGAGAAAAUGAUCAGGAAGUCUCAUGAGUUCUGGCUUUGAGCUUGUGGAAGGAUAUUGACAUUUCCUACUCUGCAUGAAGUUCUGCAGGAAAAAUCGAGGAAAAGGACCACGAUAGACUGUAAGGGCGACCAAUGCCCGACUUAUCCGAAAGAAACAAAAAGCAGACAUUUUAACUUUGAUACUUGUGUCCAGGAGACAGUCAGUGUCAGCUCAAACAUAACAGUGGCUAAUAAAAUGUUUCAGCUAACAA